CCCUGAAUAAUGACCACACUGACACACUGUAAUAGAUGUUUAAUUAAAACUAUGUACAGAGAAAACACAUCGAUCACGAUCGAUUUUGACACAUUGAUCCUGACCGAUUAGAGAGAACAUCCGGGCCACUGAACCCGUUUACAAACGUCAUUUUAGCGACGCUGUGUUUAUGGACGCGUUGAGUCGCAUGUUCAGGGUUUCUUUUUCAACUGCUGCUACAUUCACAAUGACCAGCUUCAAAUUUAUAGAUAUUGGCAUUAAUCUGACAGACCCCAUGUUCAGAGGGAUUUACAGAGGAACUCGAAAACAUGAAGAUGAUUUUCCACAGAUUUUGGAGAGAGCCCUGAAGAUCGGGGUGCAAAAGUUCAUCAUCACGGGAGGAAACCUGGAGGACAGCAGAGAUGCUCUCAAACUAGCCGAGACCAGAGGAGAGUUCUACAGUACCGCUGGGUGUCAUCCGACCCGCUGCGGUGAGUUUGAUGAGUUGGGGUCGGAUCAGUACCUCACAUCACUCCGAGAUCUGAUCGCCAGUAACAGACAGAAGAUCAUCGCUGUCGGAGAGUGUGGACUCGAUUUUGAUCGCUUGGAAUUUUGUCCCAAAGAAACACAACUCAAGUAUUUUGAGCGGCAGUUUGAUUUGGCAGAAGAGAGCAGAUUACCCAUGUUCCUCCACUGCAGAAACUCACACCCGGAAUUCUUGGACAUCAUGAAGAGGAACAGAGACAGGUGUGUUGGUGGAGUGGUUCACUCCUUUGACGGGACCAAAGACAAUGUGGCAGCUCUCAUCGAUCUCGAUCUUUAUAUCGGCAUUAACGGCUGUUCAUUGAAGUCUGUGGAGAAUCUGGAGGUGAUGAAGUCCAUCCCGACAGACAGACUGAUGAUCGAAACAGACGCUCCAUGGUGCGGCAUCAAAAACACUCAUGCUGGAGCGAAACUUAUGAAAACAACGUUUCCUACGAAGAAGAAAUGGGAGACGGGACACUGUCUGAAAGACCGAAACGAGCCGUGUCACAUUAUUCAAGUGCUGGAGGUGAUCGCAGCUGUGAGAGAAGAAGAUCCACACCAGUUAUCUGACAUCAUCUACAACAACACCAUGAAACUGUUCUUCAACCACCGAUCAUGAAUAAACCACUGAUAUUAAACUGCUGCUGCUAUUUAUUCUGACUGACCAUCUUAUAAUAAAUAAGGAUGAUCUUUAUUAUAUAAUAUAUAGAAUCAGAUGAACAUGUUUCACUGAUUGUGUAGUCA